AUGGCUCAUAGAACAUACGUGAAAGAAGGCCAGCCACUGGCCAUGUCUCUCGACACAGCCGGAAACGAUGCGACUCUUCCCGCCCUUGACAUACUGCCGGUGCUCCCAUUCGUGCUGGUCUUGUGCUGGAUUAUUGGCAAGGACGACAUGACCUUGUCCUUUGACGGCUUCCAGAUUGCGGUCUCGUUCGUGGCGGUUCUGCUGGUCGAUUCCUUGAUGAGAAAGAAGCCGGCGAAUGGGCCUGCCGCAGGCCUGUUGACAACAACCGUGGACCAAGCAGCUCAGUCGGCUCGACUCGGCGCAGCUGUCCGGCGAGAAGAUCUUCUCAGUUUGGGUACAGGCAUAUGA